AUGUGUGCCACAUGUGGACGCGAUCUGAGAGAAAGGAAUGGAAGAGCUGGACAGAGACGAGAGGAUUCGACUGCCAACGUGUCAAUGAUCCAUCAUGUACCGGAGCUCAUUGUUUCUGACGACCUGGCUAAGGAAAUUGGUUCUGCCGACUUCAAGAAUGUACUCUCUUCACGCAAGCUGGUUUUGCUAGUAGAUCUUGACCAGACGAUCAUUCAUACUACAAAUCGCCCCUUCAAAGUUGAUGCCAAUGUGCAUCAUGACAUUCACACAUACAGGAUGUUUGGAACAGAAUAUCAUACAAAGCUGCGACCAUACACACGAGAGUUUCUUGAUCAUAUGAGCACACUGUUUGAGAUGCACGUGAUAACUUAUGGUCAGCGACAGUAUGCCCAUAAAAUCGCCGAGAUCCUCGACCCAAAGAAAACAUUAUUCGCUCAAAGGAUAAUGUCCAGAGACGAGCUUUUCUCUGCACAGCAUAAGACAAGAAAUCUGCGAGCUCUGUUUCCAUGUGGAGAUCAACUUAUCGCUAUAAUCGAUGAUCGUGCAGACGUUUGGCAGUUUUCUGAAGCACUUAUACAGGUAAAGCCAUACAGAUACUUCAAAGAGGUAGGGGACAUCAAUGCACCUCCUACUGGGAACUCGAAGGAGGGAUUACCUCCCAUUGAUAUAGAGGAGGAUGCUGAAAGUGAUCGUACUCUGGAACAUAUAGAAAGGAUGCUGACUGAUGUCCACGCUACUUUUUACAAGCAUUAUGACAAAACACAAGAAAUUAGGGAUGUCAAGGUUUGUGACAAUCUUAUGCUGUCUAUGCUAGGCUGCUUUCGUUGUAUAGGUUCCAUACUCCAAAGACGAAACAGAAGAGCGAUAGUGAUUUAACA